ACUUAAGAGUAGUACAUAAAUUUUACAUUAUAGAAAAAAACAUAGAAAAUAAUAACUACCUAAAUACGAGAAUAGGGUUUUGUACAAAUUGGAAGAAUCUCAUGCACAAUGGCUCUUAUAUCUAUAAGAUAAGACAUUUUAUCGAUCGCUCGAGAUCAAUGCGCUAAUUAACAUUUGCGUCAAUGAGAUUAGAGAAUGCUUGUCCUUUUAACGUUAGAAAUGUCGAUUUCUCAGGUGAUUGUCGUUUCAAGUUUUGAAUAAGCAAAAUGUUCAGGGUUUUAUGUUGUGGUGACAGCAAGGCUGCCACUAUAUUUCGGAUUGCCAUAUCCCAAAUGGUACUUUACACAGUUUUUAUAAUACUGUAUAUUGUUGCUUCGUUUUACACAGAUAAUUUAAACGAUGAAGAUGAUAACCCAAUUAUUGCUGAUCGUGUGUUGAUAAUAGGAGCCGUUUUAAAUGUGUUUCCUUUACUGUUAGCUAUUCUUCUCCACUUUGCUAUUGUGAAGAAAAAUUACGAGUACGUUCGAGCAUAUAUUUUAAUAAAAAUCUUCGAAACCAUCAUAAACACUUUAAUCCUUUUGGGUUUUUCGAUUUAUUUCGCUUUAAAAAUGGAGUUGUACAUCGCAUUGAUUCUUUGCGCAAUUCCUAUUGUUAUCGGAAUAUGGAUGUUGGAAUGUGUCGUCCUCGUGAAUGUUUAUUACACGAGUAGAACAAAACCGCAAGAAGAUAACCAAAAAGAAAUUCCCGAAAAUUUACCGCCCAUUAAUGAAGAAGCUUAAAACAGCGAAAAAUAAACGAGUUUUUGUGAAGUUUUGUGGAUUAUCUCAAAAACUUAUUGUGAUUUUUUAAUUUUUGGUGUUAUUUAUUUAUUGUUUUAGAAAGUGGUUUUAGAU